AUGGCUUGGGUGCGAUUGCCUGAAUUUCCUAUGGAAUAUGUUAAUACUACUUUGAUUAAGAGUAUUGGGAAUUGGUUGGGAAAAUUCGUGAGAAUUGAUGCGGCGACUACUUCAUUAGCUAGAGGUCGAUUUGCAAGAAUGUGUGUGGAAUUAGACCUCACCAAAGCCCUUCAAGUGGAGUAUAAGGUUGAAGGUAGGCUGAAGAGGGUGGAGUAUGAGGGGCUGCACCUUAUCUGUUACGGGUGUGGAAAAUAUGGGCAUAGGUUGGAGAAUUGUCCGAAUAAAAUAUGUAUGGUGACUGAGCAGGAAAAUUCUGGAUUGGAAAAGGACAUGAAUAGUCAAGAAACUAAUUUGGUGGAUGGCAAGGAUAUGGGCGAGGAGAAAUCCAAAUUUGGCCCUUGGAUGCAGGUUUUGAGAGGUAGAAGGAAUAGGGGGAAUCAAGAGAAUAGAGUGGAGUUAAAACAAGGGAGAGGGAUGCAACCACCUAUGAAGAGAGAAAUUCCUUUAAUAGUUUGA